AUGUUUUAUCCCCCCAUGGAUUUAUGGUAUAUUUCAUUGUACGAUUCUGAACUUUAUAAUGGAUCACUUUUGUUAUCAGAAUAUAUUUAUAAAAAUACGGGAUGUAGAACAUCUUUCAAGUAUUGUAUUCUUAAUUUAUUUAAAUUAGGCUAUUAUCACAAGAUUAUUGACAUUCUAGAAGGAGUAGAUCUUAAUGAUUAUGACAUUAGAAUAUCAUAUUAUAAAUCACUAGUAGAAACAGAAACUAAUAAAAAAAUAAAAAAUGUACCAUUAUCUUCUUAUAAAAAACCAACAAUAAGCAAUAUCUUAGACAAUCACUCAAUUGAAAAAUUUUGGUAUGCUUUGACAAAAAAAGAUAUUCUAAAAAAAGAACUACUUAUUGAAGCUUAUAGACUUGAUAAUAAGAAUAUUGAAUGUUUAUAUUUUCUAAUUAAAGAUGAAAUGUGUACUGAUAAAGAGUUUCUAGAUCUUUUACAGUUAAACCAGGAAUGUAAACUCCUCUCUGACAUAUUUUUAUUUCCUUUUUCCAUUACAAAUGAAAUAGAAAAUGUAAGUGUAGAUGUCUUAGAGUUCUACCAUCCUUUUUAUGCAUUUAUUUUUUCAAAGAAAUUAUUUAUAGAAAAGAAAAAACUUCUUCUUUUUAAUUUAAGUCAUAAAUCUUAUAGGAUAUACAUGCACUGUACCUAUACAUACUUAUCACUAGCAUUAUAUUUCUUUUUAAUUGAAGAUUAUGAAGAAGCAAAAAGAAUUCUACUUAAAAGCUUUGAAUUUGAUAAGCGAACAGGACUUAUUUACAUGUACCUAGGAAUUUGUUAUAGUAGACUUAGAGAAUGCGAAAAAAGCCUUAAUUGUUUUAAUAUCAGUAAUAGGAAGAUUGUAUGUACAUGGAAGACAUAUUAUUACUUAGCCUGUGAAUAUCAAAAAAUGACGAAUUUUGAUAAAGCAAAAUUUUAUUAUUUAGAAGGACUUAACGUAGACAGAAAUAUAAUGUUACAAGAAGGGUACAUAAGUUUAUUAAUAUUUUGUGAGAGUUAUCAAGAAGCACUUUCGUAUAUUAGUGGCAUUAUAAAAAGUAAAGAAACAAGAAGAUUAAAUAAUAUUUUAUUAUUAAAAUCUUACUGCUACCUGUUUUUAGGAAAUUUAAACGAAUCAAAAGAUGCUUUAGAAAAGUGUAGAAAGGAUUACAGAUAUUUUUGUACAAAAGGGUACAUAGAACAUUUAACUAAUAAUAUUGACUUGGCAUGUGAUUUUUAUAAUAAGUCACUUUUACUUAAAAAUAGUAGUGUAAUAGAAGAUCUUAUGACUAGUGCAACAAGGCAGAAUAAAGAGAAUGAUGUAUAUAAUUCUUGUACAGAAAUAUUUGAGUAUGUGUUUAUUAGUAAUCAAGAUAUAGAAAUAAUAUGA